GUACGGAAUCCGCCGAACGCAAAGGCAACCGCACGGAGGACAAGUUCAUGGCUCUGUUGAGGAGUAUGGCAAUCUGGCCUCCACAGUCCUACAGCGAGGCCAACUGGAAGCUUGCUUUGAAGGUUGGCGAGACGAAGACGCUGGGAUUCUCCAGCCCACUAUGGACAAACACCGACUUGCUCAACGAAGCAUCGGCUGUUGAUACCAUUGAGGAUGCCAAGUAUAAGGAAUUCAUCACGGAGCCCUUCAAGCGAAUUCGCAUGUGCGUCGGAAGCCCGGAAUCCAACUGCGUGGAGCACGUCUUCUCCACCACGUACGACAGCGCCAGGGCCCUUUUCAGUGCCGGGUACAUUCGAGACGAAAAGGUGGACAAGGAUGGCAUUCUGAGCAGCUUCGGCCCCCCAGAAGGCACGUACCGGGAUUGCCCCAUGCAGAGGCCCGGCUUCAACAUCGAGUGCAGGGACGGCAACAAAGCUCGGUGGGGUUUCUGCGCGAACUGCAAGAAUCAGCCUUGCCAGAACGAAGACGCCGACGAUGCGGACGCCGCCAUCGGCAUCGGAAUCGCGGGACAGGCCACGGCCAACUGGAAGCUUGCUUUGAAGGUCGGCGAGACGAAGACGCUGGGAUUCUCCAGCCCACUCUGGACCAACACCGCCUUGCUCAACGAAGCAUCGGCUGUUGAUACCAUUGAGGAUGCCAAGUACAAGGAAUUCAUCACGGAGCCCUUCAAGCGAAUUCGCAUGUGCGUCGGAAGCGCAGAGUCCAACUGCGUGGAGCACGUCUUCUCCCAGAAGUACGAAAGCGCAAGGGCUCUUUUUAGUGCCGGUUACAUUCGAGACGAGAAGGUGGACAAAGAUGGCAUUCUGAGCAGCUUCGGCCCCGUCAAAGGCUCGUACCGGGAGUGCCCGAUGCAGAGGCCUGGCUUCAACAUCGAGUGCAAGGACGGCAACAAAGCUCGGUGGGGUUUCUGCGCAAACUGCCCAAGCCAGCCGUGCCAAAACGCUGAUAGCAGCGAUGCGGACGCUGCUAUCGGCAUUGGAAUCGCGGGACAGAAAACGGACACUGAGCUUGGAGCAGGUUGGACCGCGUAUUUCGCUCCAGGUGAUGGCAAGUGCAGUGCCACCAGCAAGACCUUCAAGCCAGUGUGGCUUUGGGUCGACAGCCUCGUGAAUUGGAAGCUUGCGUUGAAGGUCGGCGAGACGUCCUCGCUGGGAUUCUCCAGCCCACUCUGGACCAACACCGCCUUGCUCAACGAAGCAUCGCCGGUGGGCGAGAUGAAGGAUGCUAAGUACAGCCAGUUUAACACGGAGCCCUUCAAGCGAAUCCGCAUGUGCGUCGGAAGCCCGGAGUCCAACUGCGUGACCCACGUCUUCUCCCAAAGGUACGACAGCGCCAAGGCGCUUUUCAGUGCCGGUUACAUUCGAGACGAAAGCGUGGACAAGGACGGCUUGCUGAGCAGCUUCGGCCCCGUCAAAGGCUCGUACCGGGAUUGCCCGAUGCAGAGGCCUGGCUUCAACAUCGAGUGCAGAGACGGCAACAAAGCUCGGUGGGGUUUCUGCGCGAACUGCAAGAAUCAGCGUUGCCAAAGCGACGACGACGACGAUGCGGAUGCCACGAUCGGCAUUGGGCUCGCGGGACAGGGAAUGGACACGGAGCUUGGGGCAGGUUGGACCAAGUACUUCACCUCCACGAGCACCAGCUGCAACGGCGGCGCGACCUCCAAAUCCGUGUGGCUCUGGGUCCCUGCAAGGCAAGUUGAGGUUCAUGAACUAUGCGCUCAGCUUCAACAAAUUGCUGUAGACUCUGAGCAGAUGGCAGGGCAAGAGUAG